UAGGCAUCAGCCAGCUCCUCACGAACGCACGGUCGCAGAGACACCGCACGAGAGCAGCUCCACCACUUCCCUCCCACACGAGCCCAAGAAGCAACCAUGGCGGCGGCGAAGGCCACCCUCGUCUGCUUCAUGGUCAUGGCUCUCGCGACGGCGCUGCUGGCAGUGCCGGGCGCGGUGGAGGGGGCAACGUGCAGCCCGACGCAGCUGACCCCGUGCGCGCCGGCCAUCAUCGGGAACGCGGCGCCGAGCGCGGCGUGCUGCGGGAAGCUCAAGGCGCACCCGGCGAGCUGCCUGUGCAAGUACAAGAAGGACCCCAACCUGCAGCGCUACGUCAACUCCCCCAACGGCAAGAAGGUCUUCGCCGCGUGCAAGCUGCGCCUGCCAAGCUGCUGAACUAGCUAUUGGUGCCACGAGCUUCGUCCAUGUCCCUCGCGCGUUGCACGUACACUACGUACGCUGGAGUACCGAGAGUGUGUGAGGUAUAAUAAUAAAACGAGGCGAGUGCUAUAUACUUUAUAUAUUAAACAGAAAUAAAUUGACAGCGCUGUACUACUUUGGUACGGUGCCCGUUAUGUCCAUGUGCAUGUAUACUCAUGUCCUGUGUAUGCCAGCAUAUACAUGUCAGAGUAAUAAACAAAAAUUUUUGUUC